AUUGUGUGCAUCAAAAUGUGUUUUUAAUGGAAUUUAAAUGUAAUCUAUAAAAACUUAAUGAUUUUUGAAAUAAAUUUGAAAAAUUAAGUAAUGUAAGUGGCUAAAAAGAAAAUGUGGCUUUAUAUAUUGCUGACAAUUAUAUUGUCACAGAGUUAUAAUGUACGUUCUACUAAUCAUUAUGCCCUGAAAGAUGAUGGUCUAAUAAAAAGGCGUUUAGAUUCUCCAUUUCAUUUGCGGCAACCAGACAAUCUUUUAAUUUUUGUAGAACAAAUACGCAACAAUGAAAAUGCCGAACAAGCGUUUAGAAAAAUGCAACGUAAACGUAGUACACUGGAUGAUCAUAUUGUGAUUACAGACCAGCUGUUGCAAAUCAUUUUGGAACGUUCCAAAUGCGUGCGAAUGUAUGUAAAAAUGACCGGUCUAAGUGAUUAUUUACGCACAACAGGAGCCUCGAUGAAACGGCUUAAGUUUCCGGAAAAACUAGAAAAGGAGCCCAAGGGUGGAGAUCCACUUUGCCGGGAGUAUGCGGAACUAAUACCGGCUCGUGAUAAGUAUGCUUAUUUGAAAAGUUUUAAGCCAGAUACUAUAAAAUCAAUGAGUAUAGAACGUGAAGAGAAUCUUCUAAAGCAGGAGUUGGGUCUGAAAGAUGCCGAAAGUGUAACGGCUACCAUACAUGAGAUCUCGGUUAAAGGUCUGGUUAAUAAUCCCAGCUCAUGGAAAUUUCAUAUGUUGGGUUCCUACUACUGGCGCUUAACGGGUCAUGCCAAAAAUGCCUUAGACUGUGCCCGUCUCUCGGUUAUGCUGGCGCCUGAGGAUAGUAAAGAUAUACCCUUGCUUAGUUUGGGCACUAUUUUGGUAAGAGCCGAACUUUGGGAUGAUGCUGAGACAAUUUUAAACGAGGCCAUUAAGUAUGGACCUGACCAUGGAGAGAAUUAUAUAGCAUUGGCUACACUUUUGGCCUUGAAACAUGAUUUCAAAAGUGCUCGAGAAAAUUUUAAUUUGGCCGAGAAACUGGACGUGUCCAUGUACAACAAUUCAUUGAAAAUGCGUCAAUAUAUAGAGUGCUUGGAGCCAUUGGAUAGUGACGCCACUAAACUGUUUGGUUUCGUUAAAUACAUGUUAAGAGAAAUCAAAGAGGUCAGUAAGUUAAGGCAGGAGAUAGCUCAAUAUCAAAAUAAGAUAAUACAGCAACAGACUCCUCUGGCCUCACGUUUCACCGAUAAUGAUCCCCAAUUAAAAGCAGAUCUUCUGAAACGUUUUCAAUAUUGCAGUACACGAAAAUCUUCGGAAAAUCAGGAGCCUGUCUUGUUUUGUGAUUUUUAUUCUGAUCUACAAAUGCAAUUGGAAAGUAAACAAUUCGAUGCUGAAUUGUUGGAUUGGCAGGUGAAUCGUUAUAUCAGUCAUCUGUUUGAAAAAUUUCCCUUUGAGUAUAAAAAACAAUUGGAAAUACUUUAUAAUAAUGUCAAGGCCGUAGCACCCACACGAUUGGGCGUCUACAGCAUGUAAUUACUAAGGGAUAGUUUUAAUUUUAGUUUUUAGGAAAUAAAAUGGAAAAACUAAUUUUAUAUGUAAAACUUAAUGUUUUUAGCAUAGAUGGUUUUUAGAGGUAGGUCAUGCUUUGGUAAAGCCUAGCUUAAAUUAUAUUAUUUUGAUUCUUACCCCCAUUAACACGAAGUCUGGUUAUGCCUUAACUAAUAUUUAUACUGUCGGCUAAAAUUAUUUUUGUAUGAAAACUGUCAGUAUAACUAUUAGUUAAAACAUAACCAGACUUCUGGGGGUUAGUAUAACUAGCUAACCAGUAGUUAGAUAACCGAAGUUAAAAUUCACAAAAUAAAGAACAGAAAUAAAAAGAAAUAAAUAAAUAAAAGAAUAAGUUAUUCUAUAAUUUUCUAUGUGUCUCUUUUACAAUCAGUUUAGCAUUUUAUUUAAUGACCAUGGUAAAGGGCUGGUUUUCUUUAAAUAUUAAUAUAUUUUUAAGAUUUGAGUUUUAAAGCGAGUUGCGUAAAUUUUUAACACCUUCAUAGUUCAUUUACUAUGUUCUUUUUUAUAAUUUCAUAUUUUUAAUUAGCUCUCUAAUACAUAAUUUUGUAUACUUAUAUAUUUAAUACAGUAAUAAAAACAAUGUACUUUUUAUACUAUGUAAAAAA